UAAUCCCUGGGAGACCAACCGUAGACAUUUGCCUGGCUAUCCUUCCUGCCAUUUCUCAUUUCAAUAAAUCUCCACACUCAGUGAGGGCUACGCCGCGGGACGCGUCGGUCGGCACUGCGUGAUCCACUUUUGGCAGACUGUUGUUGAGGGGAGUCCAUCACAGAGAAAACGUUUCAUAUUGACGUCAAAUGGAUAUGUGAAUGACCCUUUGAGUGUAGCACAGACGACGUGGAUCUUACAUUAUCUGCGCACCCAAAUGAAAAAAAAGAAAAGACAAUCAGCUGCGUUCAAUUAUUGAAGUUUAAUGGACGAUCAGCAACCUCCAAAUCGUUUUGUGCAUUUGUGGUUUUUCUCCCAAAGGGAAGAGUGUGACUGCUGACAGAGACCACUUGUACACAACUGUGCCAGUAGACAGGGAGUCUUUGAGGGCUUGUGGAGCGAACCAGACCGGCAUAUCAAUCAGCGACCUGGGAAGAGACUGGCUGGAUCCAAGCAGCGAAUAUUUAAACCACUGGGAAGACCAAUAGACUGAUGGCAGUGUUUCUAGAAGGUAGGACAAGAAAACAAAUAUAAAAGCAUUUUUUUCCUGUGUUGUCCCGCCACGUGUGCGCUCCGUGCCAAAAAAGAAAGGCGCAGGAGGUGCAGGAUUUCGCACUCGCUGAAUUUGCGUUGCGCAUAUGUGACAGACGCAGUGGAAGAAGCGGUGAACGGUGGAAUUAGUAGACGCUGCUUCUUUCCAACGGAAGACUUCAAUCGGUUAACAAUGAACACCAGUUUGUUGGUUUUGGUUGUAUGCUCCGCGAUAUUUUUCACGGGGCUGCAGUGCGCCUCGCCGAGGACCACAGCAGCAGGGGUGGAUGCGUCCGUGGCCGGCUCCGGAACCACGAGCGGUGGCAGCAGUGGGGAAAAUGGAGGCAAACGAGAUUUAAAUCAAACAAUAAACUCCCGACUCAAGAGGAAAACGCUGGCUGUGGAUUUUGCUGUCCCCUCUCUGUUGCGCUAUUACCUGGCGGAGUUCGUGAAGAGACCCCUCAAUGGAGACUGCCAGACUUUUAGAGGGUGCUACACAGUUAGUGCAAACUUAAAAAUGCACUGCAUACCUUUACAGAAAAUCAUAUCUACUUUUGUUGACCAAAGAGCUGCGGAAUCGGCAACAAGGAACGCAUCAGCGAAUGGACAGCUCCCUUUCUUUUCCAAGCGGCCGCUGUCCAAAGUUCUGAAAUUAGGUCUGACAAAAGCCAGUCGCAAAUCAAAUCAAGUGGUGGUGGAAAUCGGAGAGGAUUUAAUCAGGACGGCAUGCGGAGGGUUGUCUGUGUACGAGGAGGCCCCUGUGUUGACCCUGGAAAUGGACAUCACAACUAUUCUGGUGUGGUGGCUUGGUGCGGAUGGGGGCCGACUGAGGGUCCGGCUCAUGCCUGAGAAAAAGGCGCAGGUGCCCGGUGUCGAAGACCGCUACACUGCAGCCAUACGCGCAGCUGACCCCCGCCUCUUUCUACAGAUUUUCUCCCGGGGUGAGUCAUUGACUAGUAAGACUGGCAUUCCUCAGGGGUUCUGGAGCUUUUCCUGGGUCGCUGAGGAUGACCUGAGCUUUCCCAACAACUUGAUGCCUAUGUCAGAUCCACCAUGUGGCAGUAGCAGAACAUGUGACCAGAACCAUGAUCAUGUCCCAGAGUUUACAUGGAGCAUCGUGGCCACAGGGGACACACGGGAGGAACGCAAAAGAAAGCCUGAAAAGAGAGCAGGAAGUCCCCAAGGAUUGGAGGAAGGUAAGAGUGAAGGUCAGUUUUUGUGGGUGAAUGGUUCUUCCUUUGGGGGCCCUUGGGUGCUGAGUCCAUGGCUGUGGAGUGGCCCGGCCCCCUGUAGCUUGGACAUGGCUUUGUACCUGCACCCCAAGCAAAGUGGGCAGUACACCAUAUGGCUCAUUGAGAGGGAUAAGCCUCAAGUUUCUCUCUUCUCCACUGACACUUUACCUCCUAUCACAGGCUGGGCCAUAGCUCACCUCACAGUCGGGACCCACAGGGGAUCACCUUUCCGGAUCUCAGCCAGCUACAACAAGCGAAUCCUUGAUGACACAGGCAUGAUUGAGCCCAACUUUACCACCAACUGCACCAUGGCUUCCUCCCCGGGUCCUUCCAUCACACUUAAGGGCCAAUAUCACUGUCACCAAGGACCUGGGAUUCCACUGGACAAACUUUGUGACUUCAAUGCAGACUGUCCACUCGGGGACGACGAGGGCGAGCGAUGUCGCCGCUUCCUCAAUGGCAGCUACUGCUCUUUUGAAGAAGGCGAAUACAGUUGGCAGUCAAUAAUGGGCCACGGUGUCUCUUGGAGAAGACUCCAGCCUUCAGCGAAGGCUACUAGACAGAGCUGCCCAUCAUCAGGUGCAACACUCGGUGUGGAGGGGAAAGGCCAAGGUCGCCCAGCAUUACUAAGGAGUCCUCUCUUUCCGCCUCCAUUAAGAAACUCUCCAUGCACGGUACGUUUCUGGGUGUGUUCUGGAGGCCUACAGAAGGUUGCGCUGUCUUUGUGGCUAGUGGAGAACAGCACAGGCCCCGAGGAGCAGCGCCAACUGUGGCACUUAGCCAGUGAACCCCCUUCUGAUAGGGGUUGGAAGCUCUUCACAGUUCCACUUUACGGGCUGGCAGACUGGUUUUGGCUACUGUUCAGCACAGAAGAUGGACCUGAACCUGGUUCAGCUAUCUCUCUUGACAACAUCUCUUUCAGUAUGAACUGCUUCCUGGCUUCAAAUGGAGAAUUUCCACCGGUGGCCAGCAGCACAACAAGGUUGGCCCUCGGACCACCAAUCACGACCACACCCCCCUCCGUAGGGAUCCCUCUGAUGAACUCCCACACGACAGAUUACUCCAAAAAAUGGAUUUUUCACAACUGUGGAGCUGCAGGACCUGACGGUCCAACUCCAUCCCAGUGCUUGAACUCCUACAGGAUCAGCAAAAUCAACGUGACAGUGGGCACCUGGGGGCCUCUUAAAGGCAUUCAAAUGUGGCAGGUCCCGGAAACUGGCACCUACAGGAUCACAGCAUACGGUGCAGCUGGUGGCCGAAGCGUUAUGGCCACAAGCAGAUCACAUGGCACAUACAUAAGUGGAGACUUUCUGCUGAGGAAAGGAGAGCUGCUGUAUAUUCUGGUUGGACAGAAAGGAGAGGAUGCUUGCCCCAAUUCCAAAGUCAUGUUGAAUAAGAUCUGCCUGGAACAGAGCAGCCCAAUGUUGAAUAAAAGUCAAGUAAAAGGUGGAGGUGGAGGUGGUGGCGGUGCUACAUUUGUGUUUAAGGUGGAGAAAGGGCUUCAGGUCCCCCUCAUCAUUGCUGCUGGGGGAGGUGGUCGAGGCUACAGCAGCCACUCAGAGAGCCAGCUGGAACAGAUGGACUAUGACCUCAGUCAACCGGGUCGCAACGGGAAGUCAAAUGCUGCAGGUGGAGGUGGAGGAUGGAAUGACAGUACUCCCGUCAGUCAGGGUGGCAGACCUCUGCUGCUAGGAGGGCAGGGAGGACAGGCCUGUCAAAAAUUCUGGCAGACACGAGGAGGUUUUGGGGGUGGUGGCGGUGGCUGCAUGGCCGGAGGAGGUGGUGGAGGCUACAGAGGUGGUAACACCUCAUUAAAUGACAACCCUAAACAUGACGGAGAUGAUGGUACAUCCCUCUUUGGUCCAGCAGGAGAGCCCUACCUCUAUCCUCUUAAAGGAAUGGAGAGCGAUGGAGAGGUGAUCAUCAGUCCAGUACGAAACUGCAGUCACUGUGAGAGCCGUGAAUGCCACGAGAUAAAGGGCGACAUUGUUUGCUACUGUGACGAUGACCUUAUUCUGGCACCCGAUGGCAUGUCCUGCAUCAACUCUACAGAGGUGUCCCUCCUACCUUCACAGCCAUCUCUCUCCCACCUGGCCCUGGGUCUUUCUGUCGGAACCUCGGCCCUUAUCGCAGCCCUACUGCUGGCCGUGUCUGGAGUCAUGAUAAUGUACAGGCGCAAACACACCGAGCUACAGUCUAUACAGUUGGAGCUACAGAGUCCAGACUGCAAGCUCAGUAAACUGCGGGCCUCCACCAUCAUGACUGACUAUAAUCCAAACUACUGCUUUGCUGGAAAGACGGCCUCAGUCAAUGACCUGAAGGAAGUACCAAGGCGCAACAUCUCCCUUACUAGGGGUCUCGGUCAUGGUGCUUUUGGUGAAGUGUAUGAAGGUCUGGCAGUCGGGAUACCAGGAGAACAAAGUCCACUUCAUGUGGCAGUAAAGACACUUCCUGAGGUUUGCUCUGAACAAGAUGAGUUGGACUUCCUUAUGGAAGCUCUAAUCAUCAGUAAGUUCAGCCACCAGAACAUUGUACGCUGUGUAGGAGUCAGUCUGCAUGCAAUGCCCAGGUUUAUACUGCUGGAGCUGAUGACAGGAGGAGACCUCAAGACCUUCCUGAGGGAGAUGAGACCUCGACUGGAUCAACCUUCUAAUCUGUCCAUGGUUGACCUUCUCAAUGUAGCGAGAGACAUCGCCAAAGGCUGCCAGUAUCUGGAGGAGAACCAGUUUAUCCACAGGGACAUUGCCGCUCGUAAUUGCCUGCUAACGUGCAAAGGACAAGGUCGUGUGGCCAAGAUUGGAGAUUUUGGGAUGGCUCGGGAUAUAUACAGGGCAAGCUAUUACAGGAAAGGUGGACGUGCCAUGCUGCCAGUAAAGUGGAUGCCACCUGAGGCCUUCAUGGAAGGCAUCUUCACAUCAAAAACAGACACAUGGUCAUUUGGGGUGUUGCUGUGGGAGAUCUUCUCACUGGGCUACAUGCCUUAUCCAAGUCGCAGUAACCAAGAGGUGCUGGACUUUGUGACCAACGGUGGAAGAAUGGACCCACCCAAGAACUGCCCUGGGCCUGUAUACCGUAUAAUGACUCAAAGUUGGCAGCAUCAACCUGAGGACAGACCGAAUUUCUCAACUAUCCUGGAGAGGAUUGACUACUGCUUGCAGGACCCUGAUGUGGUGACCACACAUUUACCUAUUGAGUACGGGCCUAUCCUGGAAGAGGAGGAGUGUGUACCUGCACAGCUUGAUGACCCAUUGGGGCCUACCAUACUGGUGAAUGCUCAGGUGCCAGAUGGGGAGCUCCCACAGCCACCUCCAUGCUACUCCACCGAGGAAAGUCAUAGAGGCGGGGAACACACAGCUGGAACAAGCAGAUCAUCCGAGGCCCAAGGAAAGACACCAGCUCAGCCCUACCUCCAUCAACACCAGCAACCUCACAUCACCAUGACAACCACUGUCACCUCCACAGCCACAGGCACACUCACUGCAAAGGGACCCUCCCAGCCGGGCCCAGAGGGGGGCCACAUCAAUCUUGCCUUCACCCAGGGCCACCCAGCAGAGAAGGACAGCCACAACGGGAAGAGCAGCAGUCUUUGGAACCCCACAUAUGGAUCCUGGUUUCUGCAGCAGCAACAGAGGAAGCAGCAGAGGCAGGGAGGGGUGGGUGGCGUUGUAGGUGUGGGCAACAGCAGCGGCAGGGUCCCCGGUGAAGGGCAGGAGCAUGUGGGGCGGACUGUGGCUGAAGUGGCUGGUUCUAUGGGUCUCCAGCAUAAAUUCCAACAUCAGCACCAACUUCAGAUGCUGCAUCAGCAUCAGCAGCAGCAGCAGCAGGGUCUUUGCAGACCCCAGUUAGUACCACCAUCUCCAGCCACCCAAACACCCCUACUUUUAGAUUCAGCAGCUUUGCCACCUGUUCCCCUGUAUAGACUGAGACGUUUACCCUGUGGAAGCAUCGGUUAUGGCUACCAGGAGCAGCAGGGCAUGUCAAUGGAGUCCAAUCCCCCUCCGCCCCUUGCACCCCAACAGGGCGCAUCUACAGCCCACCAGAGAGCCCCCGUGCCCACCUCGGUGUCCCUGAGUCGGUCAGCAUUAUCAGAGGACAGCCGACCACUAUUAGUCACCAUGGGAACAGUGCAGGACCCCCGGCUGCCCAAAAUGGAGGGUCACAAUGCCACUGUGCUUUAGCCAACAUGCCUGUACCACAUUUUUCACUCCCCAAGACUGUGUUCACUGUGUCAGGAAAGACGGUUUACACCAUCCUCGCAUCCUUGGCUUUUUCCCUCCAGUUUGGAAACCACUAAGGAGCACAACCAGGAGCUCGAUCCAUGACAUUUUUGCUAUGAGAAACUCAGAGGGGGCGAUCCCCAAAAUGAACAUUAAAAGCACAUCAAAGAACAUUGGAUGGCAAAAUGAAAAAGGUUAGUUUUUAAGUCGAAGAAAUGUAUUUUUUCAUCAUUGAAAGGAGCAUGCCUGGGUGCGACCUCAGAGGAUGGAGUUUAUAGCAGAGAUUUCAAGUGAACAGUUUUUGUGAGCCCACUGACUGAUGGCUGGAGAAGCACUAGAAUGGACAAUUAUUCUGAUUUAAAUCUCUACAGUUGGCCGACUUCAGACUUGAUUCACAUAGUCUGAUGACUGCGGAGACCAAUUUAAAAGUUGCUGCUGCCAGCCACAUAUUUCAUUUCUAUUGCAGGACCCUCACGCUGUUCAUUACCCACAUCCCUCGUUGAGGCAAAAAAAAAAAAAAAAAAAGCUUGGCAGGUAACUUCUACUGUCUGAGAAUAGUAUGUUGGAUUUACAGAGACAUGUGUAGUAAAAAGAAAAGCUACGAAAAUGUGUUUCUCUUGAUGUUUGCUUGCCUGCGUGUUUAUUUAUUCAUUUCUUUAUUUAUUAUUUGGAUGUGGCUCUAUGAAUUAUUAAUGAACAAGCUUCUUAAAGUACAAGCGAACUCAUUUUGCAUCAGUUGACUCUCACGUCAGGUUUUAAGCUGUUUGAAAGGAUUAAGAGCAAACUAAGGAAAAAGGAGUACGAAUGCUGUCCAAAAAUAUACAGGAGGUCCUCGGACUGUGUGCAUGUUUCACUCCUAUAACGGCAAAGUCAAGUUUUAGUAGAAGUUGGAAUUUAUACCUAAAUUAACACCAAAGUUCCUCACACGGUACAGUAAUCCCUCGCCAUGAAUUUUGUGGUUUCACUCUAUCAUGGUUUGUCAAAAAUGUAUUCAUAAAUCAUGGUGUUUUGUGGUGGAAGACAACUUAUUAGUUAAAAUGAUGUAUUUGUAAUGAACAUUUUUAUAUUUUCAUAUAUAUUGCUUAAAUUGAGAUUUUUUCCUUUUAAUUGUGGUAAUUGUUUUAAUUCUGUAAAGCACUUUGUGUUGCAUGUCUUUGCAGGAAAAGUGCUAUACAAAUAAAGUUGAUUUGAUUUGAAUUUUCAAGCUAAAAAUGGUUAAUUUAAAGUACAAAUAUAAGGCUACUUCACAGAAAUCCACUUAUCACGAUUAGAUCUAGAACCAGUUAAUUGCAAUAAAUGAGGGAUUAUUGUACACACAUGCACUGGUUGUGUGCCACAUGUGUCAUACAAUAAUAGCAUGAAGUAGUAAAAUCAAAACAGAACUCCUUUGAUGUCUGUGAUUGGCUUGCAUACCAGAAGGGGCGUUGCAUUCUUACUGGGCAAAAUCUUUCAAACGUUUUCAUCUUUAUCCUUGAUGUUCUUGAUCCUUGAUUUUUGGACCAGGCAUGCAGACAAUUUUCUGAGUAUAAUUUCGCUUUACUUUUGCUUUUCUUUUCUCUUUUCGGAAGAGUCUGCCUCACCUUGGGGGACGCAAUGACAGCAAAAAAAGUUAACAAAAGAAGAGUGAUGUCCUUCCUGAGUGUAGCGCCGCACGACUAUGCAUUCUUUCACCGUGCGCACAUGAGGUUGCUUAUUGGUUUUGAACAAUAUUAAUAUUCAUAGGGGUGCGUCGUAGCCACGAAACGUCAUAACACGAGGACCGCCUGUAAAGAGUAAAUGCAGGGAUUUCCAUGCGUCCUCUGUUGUGCCCUUUGAGGGUGGAUGCAAAAACAAAGCGCUGAUGCAGGUAAAGCAGAGAUUAUUAAAAAGCACCAUCAGCAACAAUCUGUUCACUGCUUUGUUGCUGUUCAACUCAAAUAAGUCGCCUCCGGCGUCCACAAACUGAGAUCUUGUGUUCAUGACUUGACUGUGUUGAAAAGUUGGAGAUUUUUCUUUCAUUAUCCCUUUUUAAUAGUAAAAAAAUAAUGUUUUUUUUGUGUGCAGUUAUAUAGACAGUGAAUAUUGCUGAAUCAAUGUUAACCUUCAAAUUUGUUAUCUGGAAGUGCUCCAACAUUUACAUAUUUUAUCUUUUCUAUUACAGAACCAAUGUCGUGGAAUACAAAUGGGUGUGAAUGGUAAUAUUGGGGAAAAAAAUGCAUUUGUUCAUCAUGUGUAUAAACAGUUUGGGUGUAAUUUGCUCAUUUUCAACACACACACACACAUCUGUCUUGAGUUUCCUGUUCCGUUUUAAGGCUGUCACAUCGUGUAUCCAAGUAAUAAACACCACAAGCUGCUGAUGUCUGUCAGCUCUUACAUGCAUUGGCAAGCUUGUCAGUCCAUCUGCUGUCAGAACACUCUGACUGGUGAAGACAAACGCAUCCUUGUUGGCUAGAUCAAUGAGUGAUUAGUGUUUUUGCUUUUGUCUCCUGUACAUGUAUGGCUUAUAUAUGAUAUCACUUUGUGUUCCUUUUGCAGCUCAUAAUGUACAAAGACAUACUGAACUGCACCUGUAAAUGAUGUAAUUACAGAGUAUUGUACUAUGGCACGGGUAAAUGCUGUACCCAUGGGAAGACAUUCGCCAAAAUGAAUAAAUUACUAUAUAAUAUGAGUUUUAUGUUUCCUGAAA